AUGCCUAAAUCCUCGGCUGUCCCAUAUCUCAACUUGUCUCCCAAAGACAAUGAGGAAUUAAAUGGCUUAACACCCGCUACUUUGAGUCCUCGCUCGACUGGCUCCCCUCACACUCCAGCAUCAGCACCGAGUUCCCCAUUUCUGCAAGGGCCUCCACCAUCCUCCAUGGUGCACCAGGUAUCUACAUCCCAAGAGAGUCAGAAUGAGGAAUCUCGAACGGAGCCGAACUCCCCCAAAAUCACGGCGAUGCCUGAGUUUCCUCCUUCACCUAUGCCCCAAUCUCCCAAGCAUGGUCGGGACACGUCGAAAAAUUUCUUUUCAAAUUUGAUGGCCUCCAAAUCUUCCCACAAAAUCCAUUCGUCGGAAACAAGCAUACCCGAAGCCGUGGAGAAACCCCAUGCAAGGAGCCGGACAAGUUCGAAAGAUAGGUCUCUUCAUUCAGUUAAGAAGCAGGGUUCCACCCCAGAAUUACCUCGAUUCGGAUCUGGUAAUGGGAAUUCCAAUGGCAACAAUCCUCCCACCUCUUCCGAAUCUACCGCCUCGCAAGCACACACGGAGCCCGCCCCGGUCAGUAAGAAGGGAAAGUCAAAGUUUGGAGGAAUACUUUCAAGAACUAAGACGGUCAAAAUGGACGAUGCGACGACAAAGCUCAAGGGUUCACCCCCUAGCCAUCUUCAACUCGACACGACAAAUUCCAAAACGGAGCACCUUGAGCCAUCCCCCAAGACAGCUCCCGUCAAACCAGAUCGCCGGGAAAGAGCCUUCACAACGGAAAAUGGUGCCGGCGUUCGGAAUCGCUCCGCCGAUCGUCAGCUUCGCGACGAGUCCAGUGUGGCCAAGAAAGAGCGUCCAGCAGGGGGAGUUCCUUUGUCACAAUCGUUCCGUGACGGAUCGACACUUCAGAUUCUUUCAAAUAUUGGUCAAACAGGCAAAGGGAUGAGUGAUCGCCUGGGUAAGGCCGGAAAGGGCUUAUUCGGGAAGAUCACACGAAGCGGGAGUAGCAACGAGCGCGAACUUGUCACGGAUGACAAUUACGUAUGUACGACAAUCAACCUCCCACUGGUCAAGCAAACUCGAAAAACCAGAAUUGCCCGACGACUUGAAUUGUCCAAGGACAAAACGGAAUAUUGGAUGCCGGCGUUGCCCUGGCGAUGCAUCGAUUACUUGAACAUGAAUGGUUCCGAAGAGGAAGGCCUUUAUCGAAUUCCUGGUAGUGGUAAAGAUGUCAAACACUGGCAACGUCGCUUUGACACCGAAUACGAUAUCAAUCUCUUUGACGAACCCGAAUUGUACGACAUCAACACCAUCGGAUCUAUGUUCAAAUCAUGGUUGCGAGAAUUGCCCGAUGAGAUUCUUCCCAAGUCUGUUCAAAACAAGGUGGCCACUGAAUGUGCGGGCGCAACAAGAGCGCCCCAGCUUCUGAAGGAUGAAUUGUCGCGUUUGCCGCCGUUCAACUAUUAUCUCCUUUUUGCAAUUACUUGCCACCUGAGUCUUCUCCACAGCUAUGCCGACAAGAACAAGAUGGAUUAUCGCAACCUAUGCAUCUGUUUCCAGCCCUGUCUGAAAAUUGAUGCCUUUUGCUUCCAAUUCCUCGUCAUGGAUUGGAAGGCUUGCUGGCAGGGAUGUUGGACAGAGAAAGAGUACCUAGAAGAAGAGUAUCGUUACGAGCGUGAGGGCUCCAUCAAUGAGAGCGAAGAUCUCGCUGUGGACGACCGGGCUAUCUCUUCAAGUGGCAGCAGCCAACAACAAGCUCCGGCUCCCCCCCCAAGUGCAGACGCAGCGGCCCAACGCAAGUCGAUGGCACCCAAGACAAAGCAAAGGAGCUUGUCUUAUGGAGCCGGUGUUAGAGAGAGAUCGGAUAGCGGGCAUGCCACCAGUCAAAGUGUCCCUGCUGUCCCGAGGAUGGUUACUCCGGAGCCCCCUAAAUUAUCACUCGAACAAAAGCUGCCCGAGUUGACUGGACUUUCUCCCAUCAGGAUGUAA